AAUUGAGGUUACUCAUUAUUAUAUGACUAUCACAGUCACAAUUUCCAUGUAGAACAAUAUAAUUCUUUGAAUUUCAUUUCCGUUUCCUUAUUUUAUUUUAACCAUUAUAUUUACUAAACAUUCGAUCGAGUUGUAAAUGUCAGAAAUUUUUACACAAUUUUCAAAAAAUCCAGUUUCGGUGUUGAUUAAUUUUAUCGUUUUAUAUGCGUCACAUUCCAAUAAAACCGAUGACUACAUAAAUUCUCUGAAUACUACUGGCUUGAAAAACUUGGUACGAUCGAGGCGCUCGUUGUCCAACGUACAUAUAUACACGUUCGCGGUAAAAAGAUACGUACUGUGUGUGUCACUAACGAUAGUCAAGCAAAAUGGCAUCUUACUCGGAGGAUCAGUUAGCAGUUAUCAAGAAUUAGCUAACAGAAUGAUGUCAUCAAUUGAGGAAUUUCAAGAGGCAUUUCAACUGUUUGACAGUCGAGGAGAUGGAAAAAUUCACGUAGCCCAAAUUGGUGAUGCAUUGCGUGCUCUAGGACAAAAUCCAACUGAGUCAGAUGUUAAAAAAUUUACUCAUCAACACAAACCUGAUGAACGUAUUAGUUUUGAAGUGUUUCUACCAAUUUAUCAAGCUAUAAGCAAAGCUCGCACAUCUGAUACAGCUGACGAUUUUAUAGAAGGAUUACGUCACUUUGAUAAAGAUGGAAAUGGUUUCAUUUCUUCUGCUGAACUGAGACACCUUUUAACCACACUAGGUGAAAAACUGAGUGAUGAAGAAGUUGAAACCCUAUUGGCUGGUCAUGAAGACUCGCAGGGUAACAUUAAUUAUGAAGAUUUUGUUCGACAAGUGAUGUGUGGUUAAAUUCCCAUCUUACUAGAUACAAGUAAUUAUCAAUCAAAGAAAUUUGUAUCUGCCAUAAAGUAUUUUUCAAGCAUUUAAUUCCUUUUAUUUACUUGUAUUGUAUUUUAUUAUUAUUGAAUACUACAUAAGAUUAUACAUAAUAGACAUCCCAAUAUAAUGCUUUAUUAGGAGGAUAGAAUAACAUUAAUCUCCUUUUGUUUGUUUAUAUAAUAUAAUAUAUUAUGCCUUGAUGUGAAGGAUUCAUAAAAGAGAAUAUUCAAAAUUGAAACUAAUGUGAAAUUUAAAGAAAGGAAAGGAUUUAAUUAUCCCAUAAAUCUUUUAAUUUAUGUAUUAAUUUGAGUAAUUAUUUUUAAUAUUUGUCAUUAAUUUUAUAUAUCAGUAUACAUUUAGAACUUGUAUGUAAAUGGAAAUAUCCUUUCUUGUUAUUUAUAAAUAUGAAGAAUUGUGCACUGACGAAAAUAAAAUUUAUUAAAAGUGAAACCUAAGUACAAAAUUUAGAUAUUCUUUAUGCAUUUAAUUAUCUGAAAUAAAAAACGGGGCAUGUACUUUUUUGAAAUAUAUCUAUAAAUACCUCAUUCCCGAAAAAUAUUAAAAGAGAGGCAGCUUCAUUAGUUCACAUAUAAAGAUGUUAAUAUUGUUCUAAAUGCUCAUUAAAAGUUAUUAAUUGUGUAAAUAGAAUGUUAUGAAUGAAAAAAUCUAAUCGAUUUGUAUCGACUCGAUAUAACUCGAAUCGAAUCGAGUGAAGUCGGCAUUUAAGGAGGAGCGCUUCAGUAUCGUUUCAUUCGCCUGAAUAGCACGGUUGCCUUGGUGUGUCAGUAACUCUACGAUAACUCUUAUCGGAUAGCGAUCGCUGGUCUAGCGAAUAUUUCAUUGUGGAAAAGUAAAAAUUACGGCCGCCAAAAUUUUACGAAGAAAGAAGUAUGAGUAUUAACUCCGGUUUACCAUUAAGUAAUUGUGGAAGUACUAAAAAAGGCAUAAUAAUGCCAAGUUUAAUAUCCAGCAAUUGUGACAUGUCAAGUAAAUAUAUGGACGAAAGUUUAGAGGAAGGCUCUAGAUUCCAACAACAUUAUUGUAUAACGUUGGGUGUGGGGCCUCUGUGGUGGUCCUGAUGUGCCCCAUGCCGCAUUGUCUGUAUCUACAGUCAACACAGAGAGCCGCGGCGUGGGGAUCAAGCAGAGUCAGCUCUCUGUGAGCUCCCACAUUGUUCAAGAGGAUGAAUUAUUGAAAGCUGUGCGAAAUAGCGAAUCAUUACGCUUGACAUUUACUCUACAUUUGACGGAAAGCACAUCCGUUGAAUGGGAAACUGUAGUAUGGCGUCAUUGUCUUUAUAUUCGCGUGCCAAGCUGCCUUUUACCCGAAGGUUCGAAAGAAGGUUUCGUGUCUCUCCUGGAAUACGCUGAAGAAACAUUACGAUGUACAAAUAUCAUCAUUUGUCUGCGUAAAGACAGAGCGGAUCGAGGUACUUGUCGUCAACCGUUCUUUGACUCCAAUGAAAAUGAUUAUGAGGAAAAAAGUUUCUCGUCUAAAACACUUUGUUGUUAUGGUUUAGCAAUGCUGGUUCGUACCUUCAUGUUUUUGGGCUUCACUGUACUACCGCCUACUCACUCCUUGGUACCACCAGGCAGUGAUGCUGGCAAUCUCUACAUGCUCUAUGCCAUCGAGUAGUCAACCAGAAGCUCGACUUCUCUUUCAAAUUUAACGCACAGGUAUUUUUUUUUUUUUUUUUUUUUUUUUUUUGUUUUUGUUUUUGCGUAAAUAUUAUCACUUUAACCAGUUCAUUUUUUGUCGAUCUAAGCUUCUAAGCUUUGCUAUUUCCAAGUAACUCUUAUCGUUUUUCUAUACUUUUUUUUUCUUUUUUGCCUUUUUCUCAAUUACAGGGGCUAACAAGUACAUAAACGGAAACGUAUACGUUCUACAACCAUCGAAACGAAAAAUAAAUUACAAUCCAAAGGUCUUAAAUAGUAAACGGAAUUUCUUUCUUUUCUAUUUUCUUUGCUAGUUUAUGUUAUUUACUACUAAGAAAAAUCACAAGUUUAGGAUUUCACGAAAAAAUAUAUAAAAAUUCAAAAUUUUCAUUUCGCAACUUGCUAUGAUCAUAAAAUAAAUUAUUGUAUUAGAAACUAACGACUUCGAAAGAUGUAAAGUAUGUAAAAUAUGUCAAAAAUAACAUUUCCAGCACCUUGGCGUUAAAUUUAAGAGAAAUAUCUUUAUAUGUAUACGUACGUACAUAUAUAUAUAGGGAGAGAGAGAGAGAGAGAGAGCGAGCGAGAGAGAGAGAAUGAGUGUGAGAGCGAGAGAGACAUGAAGAUGUACGGAGAAAAACGAAGAAAUACAGAACAAACCGAAACUGAUAGUCGGGUAUAUGUAGAUCGCCAACAUAACAGGUUGUGGGCGAAAAUGUCGAUUCAUUCUCUUGAAUACAAUGUUAAGAUCAUAUGAACAGCUGACGAAGCUUCCCACGUAAAAAAUUUGACGGUAUCAAGGCUUAAAAGUUACAUAAACCUAUGAAACGUCAAAUUAUAAAAGAAAUUUACUACUAAUAAAUCUCAAUGUUAAUUGUAUCAAAUUGGAUUUUACCGCGUUUUAUUCUGUAUUAUUAUACAUUUUUAAAAUCAUUUGUAAGUAUUAUUAUUCUAUAUACACAUAUACAGAUAUUUUAUACAUGUAACGAUGCGCAACUAGUGUUUGGUUUGUCUUAAAUAAUUAAUUUUUGUUUAACUUGUAUUUUUUACAUGAUGUAUACAAAUUCAUUACUUUCCCAAUAAAGAUUAGUUCAAAUAAAGCAUCAACUUGUGAUACAAUUUAUGAAACUUUGAUAUCAUUCUGUAUCUGUAAUGAGAUGUGAAAACAUAAUUCUAAACAUAAUCCCAAUUAAAAGAUAUAUUUAUAAUAUUUAAAAUAUUUCGUUAAAAUGUUUACUAAAACAAUCAAUUACACACUGGUAGCGAUCGUUGUAAUUGUAACUAGGUCGAUAUUUUCUUUUUGCUUUAUUAUGUUUAGGUAUUUAAAUAAUAUUUCUAAUGAUUGUAAUUAUAAUUAUAAUCUUUGGUAACCCGAAUCAAUUAACAUUGUGGAGUUUGUUUUAGUAAAUGCGUUCUUUAGUGUUGACUUGAUAAUAGAUGACGUUAAAUGACGUAAAAAAAGUGUUAAUAGCUUGCUAGAAAUAUAGAUAAGUACAGAAUAAUGAAUUAGUAUACGUUAACGCAAAUAGUUUACGAUUUAUCUUGAGUUUUCAAUUGAAAAUAAAACUCUGCGUUCUAUUAACUAGUAUUGUAUACUGUAUUGAUAUAGUUGAUUACAUGGAGAUACAUGUAUGUUACAUUUAUUAUUGUGGAAUUACCGAAAACACUCUUGCUAAAUAAAACUUUAGAAAAAUGCAUAAA